AUGAGUGCAGAACAACCAUCCAACGCUCGUGUGAGGCCAUCAGGUCGGCCUCGCGCGUCAGGGCGGAGGGUUACCUUUAGCCAAAUAUGCGAAAUCAUCCCGACACGUGAAGAGCGUAUUAUCAUCAUGGAACAAGACAAUGAUGUGACAUUCCCACUUAUCGCAUUCUUUGUUGCUUUCUUCUUGCCUUUUGUCGGCUGCAUCGCAUAUGCACUUUGCAAGGAUUCAAGACGGGAUUCUCCUCGUUACUACUGGGCGAACCGAGCAUUGCAAGUUGGAACUGCUUUGAGCAUCUUAUACAGCUUUGCCAUAUGUUCUGUUAUGCAAUACUACGCGCUGUACUACAAGCCAGGGGACGUCAUGGUGUUGUAUUACCAAUGA